UCACUAAGUUUACAGUCAUGGUUUGGUUAUUUUUGCCAGCUAGGGACAUCCAAAUAGUAAAGGAGCUGGAAGAUGUUGACACGAUGGAGCGUCAACCCGUCACCUUCCUGUGUGAGGUUAACCAGGUGGAUGUGGAUGGUCGGUGGUAUAGAGAUGACUGCAGGAUCCGACCUGGGGACAACAUCAAGAUCAGACAUCAGGGUAAAACGCACACCCUGUCCUUUAAGUCAGUCAGGCCAGAACAUGCUGGAGAGAUCAGAUUCACCGCAGAGCGUGUCUCAUCCUAUGCAACUCUCACAGUAGAAGAGCUCCCAGUCCAAAUAGUGCGUCCUCUGAGGGUCAAGAUAGCCAUGUAUCACCACCGAGGUCUGCUGGAGUGCCAGGUGUCACGGCCUAAUGCUCAGGUCAGGUGGUACAAGAACAGGAAGGAGCUCCUGCCCAGUAAGAAGUACCAACUGAUCAGCCAAGAUGUCUACAGGCAGCUGACCAUCGAUAACGUCUGCUCCUCAGAUGAGGACACCUACACAUGUGAUGCUGGAGAUGACACAACCUCUUGUCAGCUUCUGGUGGAAGAGCAGGCUAUCAGUAUAGUCCAGGGGAUGAGCUCAGUAGAGGUGAUGGAGCCAGAGCCUGCACAGUUCCAAGUGGAGACCAGCCUGAAGUCAGGGAGGCCGCCCAAAUGGACCCUGAACGGUGAUGUGCUGGAACACAACGCAGCGGUGAACAUCAACAGGGAGGGGACCGUCCACAGCCUCUGUCUCAUCUCCACAGACAGCUCCAUGUCUGGGCCUGUGCUUUUUGUAGCUGGCAAGAGUCGUUCCUCUGCUCAGCUUACUGUGAAAGAGCGACCUCUCCAGGUUGUGCACCAUUUGGACGAUGCAGAGGCGAAAGAGAACAGCUCUGUGACCCUGAGCUGCGAGUUUGCCCCCUCUCCCAGGGUGGUGCGGUGGUUUAAAGGUCGUACAGCUCUGAAGACCUCAAACAAGUACAGCAUGAAGCGAGAGGGGAAACGAGCAGAGUUGACCAUUCAUGGCUUGACAGGGAUGGAUGCAGGACAGUACCGCUGCAUGGCUGGGGGUUCACAGAGCCAAGCACAUGUGAAGGUAGAAGUGCGAACAUUGAAGUUAGUGAAACACCUUGAACCAGUGGAAAUUGAGGAAGAUGGCACCGCCACAUUCUCAUGUGAGCUCAACUAUGUGGUUGCCAACGUGGAGUGGCUCCUCAACAAUGUCCGUCUCUAUUCCAACGCCAUCAGCAGGAUACAGCACAUGGGCACUAUGCACAGCCUCACAAUCAAGAAGCUGCGGCCACAGGAGAGCAGGGUCACCUUCAAAGUGGGCCUUCUUUCUGAGACAACAACCUUAAAGGUCAAAGAGCGCCCAGCAGUGUUCUUGAGGUCUCUGGAGGAUGCAGUAGGAGAAGAGCAAGGGGAGGUCUGCUUGCAGUGUGAAAUUUCUAAAGAGACAGUGACCCCUGUGUGGAUGAAGGAUGGUAUAGUCCUGACAGCUGAUGACAAACAUGAGCUGCUUCAGUCUGGGAAGUCCAUGGCAUUGAUUGUUCAUUCCCUGAGCAAGGAUGACGCUGGCCUAUACACCUGUGACCUGGGCACCAGCCAGACCAAAGCUAAAGUUUAUGUACAUGACUUACACAUCACCAUUACUCAACGUAUGAAGACGUCCUCUAUUCUGGAGGGCGAAAACUGCACUUUUGAGUGUCAGCUCUCUCAUGAUCUCAGUGAUGAGCCUUCCUGGACUAUCAACGGCGAGGUGGUAGUCACCAACAGCCGAAUCCAGGUUGUCAACAAUGGCCGCAGGUAUAGGUUGACCAUUAGAGAUGCAGUACUGUCUGAUGCUGGAGAUGUGGUCUUUGCAAUUAAAGACCUAAGCUGUAGGACCAUGCUCUUUGUGAAAGAGAAGCCAGUGCACAUUUUUAGGGAGCUGCUGAAUGUCAAGGCUGUGCCGGGCGAGGACGCAGAGCUUAGCUGUGAGAUCACCAAACCUGAAGUCACUAUCCGUUGGAUGAAAAAUGGACAUUUAAUCAGGCGGAGCCAAAAAUAUGAGAUGAGUGUUGAGAAGAACCUGGCAAGGCUGGUAAUCAAAAAUGCCACCAUCAGAGACUCUGGGGAGUACUGCUGUGAGGCGGAGGGGGUUGCCUCCCGUGCCAAGGUGGAGAUCAGAGAACUCCAGCACACAUUUGCAAGAGAGUUAAGGGACACCCAAGCAGAGGAAAAGGGUAAAGUGACCCUGGAGUGUGAGACCAGGCGGCCAGCCAAACGUGUGACCUGGCAGAAGGGCAUGGUGGAGCUGCGGUCUGGUAGGAAGUAUGUCUUGAGGCAGAAGGGUGUGGUGCUUUCCUUGACCAUCACCUGUCUGGAGAAAUCAGACACGGAUAUUUACACAUGUGACGUUGGUACCAUGCAGAGCCGGGCACAGCUGACUGUACAAGGCCAGAAGGUAUUGAUCCUGGAUGAACUAGAGGAUGUUGAGUGUCUAGAGGGCGACACAGUCACAUUCAGGUGUCAAAUCUGUCCCAGCGACUAUACCGGGGUCAAGUGGUAUCUGGACGAGACUCUACUGUACACCAAUAAUCUAAAUGAGAUCCAAAUGGUGCCGGGAGGCUACCACACCCUCACAUUUAGACAGCUUGCCCGCAAAGACACUGGAACUAUCUCAUUUGCAGCAGGGGACAAACGAUCGUAUGCCUCACUGUUGGUUAGAGAGAGGCGUCCCACCAUCUGUAAAGCAUUGGAAGACUGUGAGGCUAUUGAAGGAGGUGGUUUGGUUUUGUCCUGUGUGACCUCCAAGCCAUGUCACAUCCUGUGGUACAAAGAUGGCUGCCUGAUGUGGAACUCUUCAAGGUAUUUUGCCAGUCGUUCCGGCUGCGAGGCUCGGCUGACCAUUCGAGAGGUCUGCAAUGGUGAUGCCGGGGUGUAUGAGUGCAGUGCUGGAUCUGUUACAACUAGGGCCGUUGUGACUGUCAAAGCCAUCCCAGCUGAGUUCACUCAGCCUCUAAAAACUUUGGAGGCCAAAGAAGGCGAGACUGUUACUCUGACCUGUGAAUACUCUCUGCCUGGAGUUCAGUUCCACUGGAGGAGAGGUCUGGAGAGCAUCAGACCUGGAGACAAGUACGUGAUGAAACAGAGGAAGACGAUCAUUUCUCUCACCAUCAAAGUCCUGAAGCCUGAGGACUCAGGAGACUACACGUGUCAGUGCCGAGACCACCGCACUACAGCAAGCCUUAAAGUAUAUGCUAUCCCUAUUACAUUCGUACAGCAGCUGAAGAACAUGCAAGUAGAGGAGGGCAGCAAUGUCAUUUUGCGCUGUGAACUCUCCAAACCUGGAAUACCAGUGGAAUGGAGGAAGGAACAUGAACUUUUGAAGAAUGGGGUGAAGUACCAGAUAAGGAAAAGGGAGACCACACUAGAGCUUCUCAUAUGGAAGCCUGUGCCUGAAGACAGUGGGGUCUACAGCUGCGUGUGUGCCGAUCAGAUGACAUCCGCCACUAUCAAAAUCACUGCUCUCCCAGUCACCUUUAAGCAGAAGCUGAGGAAUGUGCUGAUCGAGGAGGGCAACACUGCGACUUUACGCUGUGAGCUGUCUAAACCGGGUCACUCUGUGGAGUGGUGGAAGAGUGGAGAUGAGCUCAUCAGGAAUGGAGAGAAAUAUCAUAUGCGGCAGAGAGACAUGUUGAUUGAACUGAGGAUCUCUGAUGUGACACCUGAGGACAGCGACAUCUACACGUGCACCUGUGGAAACAUAGAGACCACUGCAACUCUGACUGUGAAUGCUCUUCCCAUCACCUUCAAGCAAAAGCUGAAGAACCUUCAAGUUGAGGAAGGACACAACAUCACACUGCAUUGUGAGAUCUCUAAACCUGGUGUCCUGGGGGAGUGGAGGCUCAAAGGAGAUCUGUUGGAGAAUGGAGAGAAGUACCAGAUUAAGCAGAGGGACUCGAUCCUAGAGUUGAUCAUCAGAGAUGCUGUACCAGAGGACAGCGGAGUCUACACCUGUGUCUGUAGAGAGCAGAAGACAAAGGCGACUGUUAAAGUUAUCGCGGUUCCUGCCACAUUUAAAGUGAGCCUGAAAAGCCAAGUGGCUGAAGAGGGGAACAGUGUGACAUUACGCUGUGAACUGUCAAAAAAAGGAGUCCCAGUGCAGUGGCAGAGAGAGGGUCAGCUGCUGUCUGAGGAGGUACCUCCAGGAAAAUAUAAGAUUAAGAUAGAAGGAAAGACAGCUCAGAUGACCAUUCUCAGUGUUCAACCAGAGGAUGCAGGGAAGUACAGCUGCAUCACAGGAGAUGAGAAAACCACUGCUGAGGUCAAAGUGAAACCACUUCCUGUUACAUUCAAACGGGAGAUCCAGCAUCUGGUGGUAAUGGAAGGGGAAGGUGGAGUCUUCUGCUGUGAGCUCUCCAAACCUGGGGCUCCAGUGGAGUGGAGGAAGGGCAGAGUCGUCCUGAAGCCUGGAGACAAAUAUGAAAUGAAGCAAGAGGGACGUCUCACUAAACUGAUCAUCAACGACAUAGAGGAGAGUGAUGCUGGGAAAUACACCUGCAAGAGCAAAGACAGCCAAUCAACUGCUGAGCUCACUGUCCAAGAAUCACCUGAGCGCAGACGUGAAAGAGGUUUGCCACCGAGUUUCAAGUUGCUGCUAGCUAACCAGGAGGUGAUGGAGGGCAACAGUGCGGUUCUGCGCUGUGAGCUUAACAAACCUGCCCCAGCGGUGGAAUGGAGGAGAAGAGGGGAGCUACUGAAGAAUGGAGACAAGUACCAGAUGAGGAAGAAGGACCUGCAGGUGGAGAUGAAGAUUGCGGACAUCGGUCUGGAUGACACCGGAGAUUAUACCUGCGUAUGUGGAGAACAAAAGACAACAGCUAGGGUCAUAGUGAAUGAACAGCCCAUCAGAUUCCUCCAAGAAUUGAAGAAUAUUCAGGUGCAGGAGGGCAAUGGGGUGACGCUCAGCUGUGAGCUCUCCAAACCUGGAGUCCCAGUACAGUGGAGGAAGGGAGACGAUGUGUUGACCAAUGGAGAGAAAUACCAGAUGAAGCAGAGUGGCUCCAUUCUGGAGCUUCUCAUCAGGAAAAGCCAGCCUGAGAACAGUGGCAUUUACAGCUGUGUUUGUGAUGACAUAAAAACUACCGCCACCGUUAUAAUUACUGCGAUUCCAGUGACUUUUAAGCAGAAGCUGAAGAACCAGGAAGCUGUGGAAGAGGGCUGUGUGACACUGCGCUGUGAGCUCUCUAAACCAGGAGUCCCAGUUGAGUGGAGGAGAGAUGCUCAACUCCUGAAGGAGGGAGAUAAAUGUCAGAUGAAGCAAGAGGGCAGGGUGUCUGAAUUGAUGAUCAGAAAUUUAACUCUCACAGACAGCGGGGAGUACAGCUGUUAUGUUGGCACUGUUGUGACUUCAGCUGACAUCAAAGUAAGAGCACUUCCUGUAACAUUUAAGCAAGAGGUCACAAAUUUGGAGGUGAAGGAAGGGGACAGUGGAGUUUUCUGUUGUGAGCUCUCCAAACCUGGAGUUUCAGUGGACUGGAGGAAAGGCAGAGUUAUCCUUAAGCCUGGUUACAAAUAUGAGAUGAAACAGGAGGGACAUCUCGCAAAACUGUUUAUUAACAACGUGGAGGAGAGCGAUGCUGGGAAAUACACCUGCAAAACUCAAGACAGCCAAUCAACUGCUGAGCUCACUGUCAAAGCUCCUCCCAUCACAUUCAAAGCCAAGUUAAGGAACCAGCAAGUGGAGGAGGAGAACAGUGUGACGUUGAGUUGCGAGCUGUCUAAGCCCGGCCUUGUGGUGGAGUGGAGGAAAGGAGAUGAGCUGCUGAAGAAUAAUUUCAAGUACCAGAUUAGAAAUCGAAAUAGCACCUUAGAGCUAACCAUUAAAAACGCACAGCUGGAGGACAGUGGACUCUACAGCUGUAUCUACGGUGAUGUCAAGACCUCAGCCAAUGUCACCAUUACAUCUAUCCCCCUCACCUUUAAGAUGGGUCUGAAGAACCAGGAGGCCCCUGAAGGAGGCAAUGUUACCCUCCGGUGUGAACUGUCCAGGGCCGGGGUGCCUGUACAGUGGUGGAAAGGGGAGGACCAGCUCUAUCAUGGAGGAAGAUAUCAGAUGUCACUGAAGGGCAUGAUAGCUGAGAUGCACAUCCGAAACAUCCAACCAGAGGAUGUUGGAGAGUACAGCUGCGCCUUCGGAGACCAGAAGACGACAGCUGAAGUGAAUGUCAGAGCGGCAGCAUCAGUGUUCUUUGAGAAAGAGCUGGAGAACCAAGCAGUGAUGGAGGGGAAAUCUGUGCUGAUGUCUUGUGAAAUUUCCAGUCCUAAUGUCCCCGUCACUUGGAAGAAGGACAACACUGUGGUGGAAGAAGGAGGAAAAUACAUUUUAAAGAAGAAGGGCUCUACGCACACCCUGGAGAUCAAGAAAUUGCAUCUGGAUGAUGCUGGUGAAUACUGCUGUAUCACCAGGGGCAAGAAGACCACUGCCAAGCUGAUUGUGAGGGCUCCUUCUUCCUCCACAGAGCGUGUGCGGAUUGUUACAGAGCUGAAAGACAUUACAGUGACAGCGGGAGAGGACGCAGUGUUUGUGUGUGAGCUGAGCCACGCUGAUGUGAGUGAGGGUGUGUGGUGGCUUGGUUCCAGUCCAUUGCAGAAGAACGAGAUGAACCAGAUGACGCGCCAGGGUCGCCAACACCGACUGGUCCUCACCAUGACAACGCCUGAGGAGACGGGCACCGUAGCAUUUGUGGUUGGGGAGGAGAGGACCUCUGCAAGUUUGCUAGUUGUUCCUAAGGCCAAAGUUUUAUUUGAGGAGAAGCCUGAAGAUACUGUGAUCAUGGAAGGGGAGAUAGCUACUUUGUCUUGCACAACGUCUGACUUCACCACCCCUGUAACCUGGAGACGAAACCAUAUCCCCCUCCAAAAUGGUGAUAAAUACGAGAUACGUAAGGAAGGAAAAGUCAACCUACUGCUGAUCCAUGAUGUGGAGCCGCUGGAUACUGGAAUAUACUCCUGCGAUACUGGAGAUGUGCAGAGCAGUGCCAAGCUUACUGUGACAGAGCUCCCUCCAUUCUUCCAGGAGGAAUUGCAGAGUGUAGAGGCUGAGGAGGGAGAUUCAGCCUCUCUGUACUGCGAGCUGUCUAAACUUGGAGUGCCGAUACAAUGGAAGAAGAACGGGCUGCCACUAAGAGCUAGCAGGAAGCAUGAGAUGAAACAAGAUGGCUGCUUCCUCCAGCUCCACAUCAAAGAUCUCAAACUUGAGGACAGUGGCAGCUACUCAUGUCAAGCAGGAAGUGCAGAGACCACUGCAGCUGUGUUAGUGAAAGAGCUCCCUCCAUUCUUCAAGAACGAAUUGCGAAGUGUGGAGGCUGAGGAGGAAAGUACAGUCUCCCUGUACUGUGAGCUGUCUAAACCCGGGGUGUCGGUACAGUGGAAGAAGAACAGGCUGCCACUGAGAGCCAUCAGGAAGUACGAGAUAAAGCAGGAUGGCUGCCUCCUCCAGCUCCACAUCAAGGAUCUCAAACCUGAAGACAGUGGCAGCUACUCAUGUCAAGCAGGAAGUGCAGAGACAACUGCAACUGUGAAAGUGAAAGAACUCCCACCAUUUUUCAAAGAAGAAUUGCAGAACAUGAAGGUUGAGGAAGGAGGUACAGCCUUCCUGUGCUGUGAAGUAUCUAAGCCAGAGGUAGCAGUACAAUGGAAGAAGAACCAGCUGCCACUGAGAGCUAGUAGAAAGUAUGAGAUGAAGCAGGAUGGCUGCAUCCUCCAGCUACACAUCAAGGAUCUCAAACCUGAGGACAGUGGGAGCUACAUAUGUCAAGCAGGAAGUGCAGAGACCACCUCAACUGUGUCAGUAAAAGAGCUCCCUCCAUUCUUCAAGAAAGACUUACAAAGUGUGGAGGCUGAGGAGGGAGGUGAGGCCUCCCUGCACUGUGAACUGUCCAAAGCUGGAGUGCCGGUGCAAUGGAAGAAGAACAGGCUUCCACUGAGAGCCAGCAGAAAGUAUGAGAUGACACAAGAUGGUUGCCUCCUCCAGCUCCACAUCAAGGAUCUCAAACUUGAGGACAGUGGCAGCUAUACAUGUCAAGCAGGAAGUGCAGAGACCACUGUGACUGUGACAGUGAAAGAGCUCCCUCCACUCUUCAAGGAAGACUUGCAAAGUGUGGAGGCUGAGGAAGGAGGUGAGGCCUCCCUGUACUGUGAACUGUCCAAACCUGGAGUGCCGGUGCAAUGGAAGAAGAACAGGCUGCCAUUGAGAGCCAGCAGAAAGUACGAGAUGAAGCAAGAUGGCUGCCUCAUUCAGCUCAACAUCAAGGAUCUCAAACCUGAGGACAGUGGCAGCUACACAUGUCAAGCAGGAAGUGAAGAGACCACUGCUACCGUGUCAGUGAAAGAGCUCCCACCUUUAUUCACGGAAGACUUACAAAGCGUAGAGGCUGAGGAAGGAGGUACAGCCUCCCUGUACUGUGAGGUAUCUAAGCCUGGGUUGUCAGUGCAAUGGAAGAAGAACAAGCUGCCACUAAGAGCCAGCAGGAAGUAUGAAAUGAAGCAGGAUGGCUGCGUCCUCCAGCUCUACAUCAAGGAUCUCAAACCUGAGGACAGCGGGAGAUACACAUGUGAAGCAGGAAAUGCAGAGACCACUGCAAGUGUGUCUGUAAAAGAGUUCCCGUUAUUCUUCAAGGAAAAAUUACAAAGUGUGGAAGCUGAGGAGGGAGGUGAGGCCUCCCUGCACUGUGAACUGUCCAAACCUGGAGUUCCGGUGCAAUGGAAGAAGAACAGGCUGCCACUGAGAGCCAGCAGAAAGUACGAGAUGAAGCAAGAUGGCUGCCUCAUUCAGCUCAACAUCAAGGAUCUCAAACCUGAGGACAGUGGCAGCUACACAUGUCAAGCAGGAAGUGAAGAGACCACUGCUACCGUGUCAGUGAAAGAGCUCCCACCUUUAUUCACGGAAGACUUACAAAGCGUAGAGGCUGAGGAAGGAGGUACAGCCUCCCUGUACUGUGAGGUAUCUAAGCCUGGGUUGUCAGUGCAAUGGAAGAAGAACAAGCUGCCACUAAGAGCCAGCAGGAAGUAUGAAAUGAAGCAGGAUGGCUGCGUCCUCCAGCUCUACAUCAAGGAUCUCAAACCUGAGGACAGCGGGAGAUACACAUGUGAGGCAGGAAAUGCAGAGACCACUGCAAGUGUGUCUGUAAAAGAGUUCCCGUUAUUCUUCAAGGAAAAAUUACAAAGUGUGGAGGCUGAGGAGGGAGGUGAGGCCUCCCUGCACUGUGAACUGUCCAAAGCUGGAGUGCCGGUGCAAUGGAAGAAGAACAGGCUUCCACUGAGAGCCAGCAGAAAGUAUGAGAUGACAGAAGAUGGUUGCCUCCUCCAGCUCCACAUCAAGGAUCUCAAACUUGAGGACAGUGGCAGCUAUACGUGUCAAGCAGGAAGUGCAGAGACCACUGUGACUGUGACAGUGAAAGAGCUCCCUCCACUCUUCAAGGAAGACUUGCAAAGUGUGGAGGCUGAGGAAGGAGGUGAGGCCUCCCUGUACUGUGAACUGUCCAAACCUGGAGUGCCGGUGCAAUGGAAGAAGAACAGGCUGCCACUGAGAGCCAGCAGAAAGUACGAGAUGAAGCAAGAUGGCUGCCUCAUUCAGCUCAACAUCAAGGAUCUCAAACCUGAGGACAGUGGCAGCUACACAUGUCAAGCAGGAAGUGAAGAGACCACUGCUACCGUGUCAGUGAAAGAGCUCCCACCUUUAUUCACGGAGGACUUACAAAGCGUAGAGGCUGAGGAAGGAGGUACAGCCUCCCUGUACUGUGAGGUAUCUAAGCCUGGGUUGUCAGUGCAAUGGAAGAAGAACAAGCUGCCACUAAGAGCCAGCAGGAAGUAUGAAAUGAAGCAGGAUGGCUGCGUCCUCCAGCUCUACAUCAAGGAUCUCAAACCUGAGGACAGCGGGAGAUACACAUGUGAAGCAGGAAAUGCAGAGACCACUGCAAGUGUGUCUGUAAAAGAGUUCCCGUUAUUCUUCAAGGAAAAAUUACAAAGUGUGGAGGCUGAGGAGGGAGGUGAGGCCUCCUUGCACUGUGAACUGUCCAAACCUGGAGUGCCGGUGCAAUGGAAGAAGAACAGGCUUCCACUGAGAGCCAGCAGAAAGUAUGAGAUGACACAAGAUGGUUGCCUCCUCCAGCUCCGCAUCAAGGAUCUCAAACUUGAGGACAGUGGCAGCUAUACGUGUCAAGCAGGAAGUGCAGAGACCACUGUGACUGUGACAGUGAAAGAGCUCCCACCUUUAUUCACGGAAGACUUACAAAGCGUAGAGGCUGAGGAAGGAGGUACAGCCUCCCUGUACUGUGAGCUGUCUAAACCCGGGGUGUCAGUUCAAUGGAAGAAGAACAGACUGCCACUGAGAGCAAACAGGAAGUAUGAGAUGAAGCAGGACAGCUGCGUCCUCCAGCUCUACAUCAAGGAUCUCAAACCUGAGGACAGCGGGAGAUACACAUGUGAAGCAGGAAAUGCAGAGACAACUGCAAGUGUGUCAGUAAAAGCACUACAACCUGCUCCACCAAAGGCAGAGCCUCCCACAAUACUGCCGCAGGCAAAGGGCACUGUUUCUGAACCAACUCCUACUCCAGAGAACGAGCCGCCUGGCCUCCCAGACGCCAAACCCGUUCCUCCAGUGCCCAAGAAGAGGGCGAUGCGAAAAGCAUCUAUCACAAUUUCAGAAAAAGAUACGGAACCCAUGUUUGACCUAAAACAGCCUAUACAGUCUAUUCAGAGAGAGAGUAACCAAGACCAAAACGGGAUCCAACCUGCAAGGUCUAUGGAGAAAGACUUUGAUGUUGCACAGAAUGAAAAACAGCUGGAGAGGAAUGAGGACAAAGACAGUGAUGUGUACAAGAAAGCUGACAAACCAGUGACAUUACUUGAGAAGGAUGGUGGGAAAGUGGAAAAGCCAGCUCGGCCUUCGGAUGUGGAAAGUGAAGUUUUCAUAGAGAAGAGACAACCAGAAAGAAACCUGGAGAAAUUAGUUAAGGUUGACCAUGAAGUAAGUCAGUCAGACAGGGUGUUCACUGUGGGUGAACAAAAGAAACCUGAAGUUGAACAGAGCUCAAAACAACCAGGAAAACCUUUAGAGAAAAAAGGGGAAGUGGAGAAGAAGGUGAGCCAGCCAGGAACAGUCCUGUGGAAGAACAGUGAGGAUGAAAAACAGCUUGUGAAUCCACUAGAAAAGCUAAUUGGGGAGGAAACAAUGAAGAAACAAGAAGUGAAGUCUACAGUUCAGGAAUGUGAAAUAAACAAGACAGAAGAAGAGCCUUUGAAACCACCAGUAAGAUCUAAAGUAAAGGUAUCAGGGGGAAGGGAACCACUUAAAUAUGUUCAAAAGGAAACUGAGGAGAUCAUUCCCCAAUCAUUAAACACUACAGUAAAUGAUUCUGAAGAAGACCUUAGACAGAGAGACAGCAUUAAACUACAAGUGUCCACAGAGGCAGAGAGAGAGAAAAUGCCAGUGAAACAAGUGCCUUCUAUAAAUCAGCUCGACAAAUGUGCAGUAAAACUCCCAGAAAAGCCUGUAGAUAAAGAGGCUGAAUUUGUCCCUCCGAAACCACCCGUGAGGACAAAAAGCAAAGCAAAGGGUAGAAUGGAAAAACAAUCAUCGAGGGACACCGAAACAGAUCAAGAUGAACAACAGCUGACAAGAAGUAUGGUGAAAACAACUGAAGAUGAGCCAAUAAAACAGGCAAUAUGGCCUUUGAAACAAGAGGUUGUAGAGAAACCGAGCUUUGAGAGAAACCAGCCAGUAACAACAGACAUUGAAAUACCUGAGAAACUGAAGCAACAUGGGAAAGCUGCAGAGAAGGAUGCUAUCACUAAACAGCCGAUCAAACAACCAGUAAAACCCAUGAGAAAAGAACCUGAAGUGGACCGGGAAAUGAUACUGGCAGUCGAGCCGAUGAGAAGGGAGGAAGAACGACAAACAACAAAGACGACAGAAAACGUUCCUCUUCUUUAUAUUUCUGAAGAUGAAACUUUCUCAGAAGCUUUGACUGAGAUACCAGCGAUCCACAGCGAUGUCCGACCCAUUGACUCUUUUGCUGAAAGGUCAACUCAACCGUCAACCCUUCCUCCAGUUAAUGUACUCCAGAGGACCCUCCCAUCUGAGGAGGCCGCCCCUGAGAUUGACAUCAGCCCUGAAGAUGAACCACAAAUGCAAGAAGCUGCAGUUAAGAUCCAGGCUGCCUUUAAAGGCUACAAAACCCGCAAAGACAUGCGACCAGCCUUUAAAGAGGUCUUUAAAAACCAGAGUGCAGAUCUUAACAGUACAGUCACUCUAGUGUGUGUUGUAGAAGGAAAACCCAGCACAGUGCGUUGGCUGAAAAACGGCCAACAAAUCACUAACGAUAAGCAAUACCGCAUUGAGACAACAGAGAAUGGUGUAUGCACUCUAGUGAUCACUAAACUGACCAACAAUGACAGUGGCAUCUAUACAUGUGAGGUGAUGAAUAAGUUUGGUGUGACCUCUUACAAUGGAAACAUAACAGUUGUCCAGAAGCCUGUACACCCACCUCUUGCAGCCAUUACACCUCUGCAACUUGCCCUGCUGAAGCCUGAGGCACAGGUCACAACACAGACUCAGAAUCUGCCUCAGACUCAAGCCCAGGUACCCACUUCAACUACAGAUGCUGCGAACUAUGUAGAAAGUGUGAACGUCUCUCUGUGGGAGGCCUACAAUCUGAUGGAGCAGGAUACUCAGAUGAACCUCCAACAGAGGAGAGGAUCCUCACUCAUUGCUGCCAGCUCCAUGUCGAGUCCCUCUGAUUAUGACACUGCUCCAGAUAUAAUGGAACCUGUUGAAAUCAGUCCAACUAUACCAAGGGAUGAACCAAAAGCAGCAGACCAAGUGCCUCCAAAAGACAAUAAAGAGCAGAUAGCUGCUCCACAACCUCCUAAGAGCCUAUUGAAGGUCAAAGGAGCCCAAGAGGGCAAAAUGAGGACACCAUCUCCUAAGCACCAUCGUGCCCACACCCCCUUAGUUAGUACUGUUUCUGGAUCAGAGUCUGAAGGGGAAGAGGAUAGACUAGAGACAUUUGAAAUGUAUGUGGCUCGAGCUGACUGCAGUCCUAUCAGUGGAAAUAAGGAUAGUUUUAUUCUGAAGGAGGGCCAGUAUGUAGAGGUCCUGGACUCUGUUCAUCCUCACAGAUGGCUGGUGAGGACCAAACCAACCAAAACCAACCCUGCACGACAGGGGUGGGUGUGUCCAGCCUACCUGGAGAAGAAGAGAAAGGAGACCUUCCCACAAUUGAGAGCACCUCAAGAGGAUCUUGAUGGAAUUGGAUCCACCGGAGAAGAGUACAGGAGAACGCUGAGCCAACUGAUCCAAGGCCUGAUUGAUGGAGAGGAGGAGUUUGUGAAGGAGAUGAAGGUGUUCACCUCUCACCAGCUAAAUUAUUUGGACUCUAGUCGCCAUGUCCCCAUUAACAUCCUCAACCAGAAAGAGAUCAUCUUCAGGAAUGUCAAGGACAUUGUUUCUCUACAUGAGCGGUCCAUUCUUCCCAAACUGAAAGAUUGUGCCACAGAUGAUGAUAUUGCUAUGCAUCUCAUCAAGCGCGCUGAAGACUUUGAAAAGUAUCUUCACUACAUGGUGGGACAAGCACAAGCAGAGGCCUGCAUCGCUGACAAGGCUAUCCAACAGUAUUUCAAAGAGUUAACAGAAUCUGAUAAGCCUGAGGCUCCUGUCAUGGACGUCAUUACCUUCCUUCAGAGACCAGUAGAGAGGAUUCAGACCUACCAGGCUUUACUGAAAGAGUUCAUCAAGAACAAAGCAAAGAGUGGCCAGAGCUGUUGUCUGUUGGAGGAUGCCUUCUCUCUGGUGUCCUGUCUACCCUGGAGGUCUGACAACCUGCACCAGGUCUCCCUCAUUGAGAACUACCCAGCACCUCUCAUUGCCCUGGGCGAGCCUGUGCGACAGGGAGUCUUCACAGUGUGGGAAGAAUCUCCUGAAAUGAAAACAACCUCUAGAGGGCAUCAGAGACAAGUCUUUCUCUUCAAGGAAUGUAUUGUACUUUGUAAGCUGAAAAAAGACACCGGCAUGAACUGUGAUACCUACACCUUCAAGAAUAAAAUGAAGCUGAAUGAUGUGGAAAUAAAGGAGAGUUUGGGUGGAGAUGAAAAGUCUUGGGGGUUGUGGCAUGAGCACAGGGGCUCAAUGCGGAGGUAUACACUGCAGGGCCGCUCCACACUGGUUAAACUCUCCUGGCUCAAAGAUCUGAAGGAGCUACAGCAACGUUCUAGCCUGCCUACUAACAGCCCGCCAGUGUUUGAAUCACAGCUGUCUGAUUGCACAACAAAGAUAGGACAGACAAUCAAACUGAGCUGCAAGGUCACAGGAUCGCCCAAACCAGAAGUCAGCUGGCUCAAAGAUGGCCUUCCUUUGGAGGAUGACCCCCGUCACAUCAUUACAGCAGACCGGACAGGUACCUGCUGCCUUAUCCUGGACAGCCUUACUGCAGAAGACUCUGGACAGUACGCGUGCUAUGCUACCAGCAGCAUGGGCAGUACUGGCACUCUGGCUAAGGUUGUGGUGCAAGCUCCCCCCAGAUUUGUGAGUCGGCUGGAGAGUGCUUGUCUGAUAGAGAGAGAGGAUAUCCAGUUCACUUGUUCCACCCUCACCACUCCUCUACCACGAAUCAGGUGGUUGAAAGAUGGCAGAGAGCUGACUGACAAGCAAAAAUAUUCGGUCCUGAACGACGCUCGGAGUGGAAUCUUGUCUCUAACGGUCAUCAGUGCAACAGAGGCAGAUAUUGGACAGUAUGAGUGUGAGCUUUGGAAUGAGUUUGGCUGCGUGAAGUGCAAGGCAGGACUGUGCCCCGCUUAUGUACCACCGAUUGACAUUGAGAACGACCAACCACAGGAUUUACCUCCUAAAGGUAUGACAGCCAGAACUGCUGAAGGUAAAUAUCCUCCACAGAGCAUGGAAACCCAUGAAAGGGUUUUCAUGCGGAUGCUCCACACUUUCACUAGUUCAGCUCUGUUUGAGAAGGGUGUAAGCACAUGCCAUGGUCCGGGUUUCACCUCAGUCCACUUCACUCCUUAUCCCGUCACCCAUUUUUGCAUCACAUCAUGUGACAUGUCUUCACUUUACAACAUGCUGCAACAGUUUGCAUCAACUUCCACUUUCAACCACUACCAUUCAUCCAUUUUAUCAAGUUUAUACCAUUUUGAGACUUUACUCAUGUUUUCCUUCUUCCCAUUUCACACACACUCAUGUCAACUACCAUACCAGUUGUCACUAGAUCCCCAAGGAUUUGGGCAUGGAGUGAAUGCCAAAAAGAUGAAACAGAAAAAGGAGCUGUACAGUACAGUGAAUGUGGUCUCACAACUAUUAACUGCAUUAUAUGGUGGUAUGCAUGAGAUAAAACACACUUUGUUUCCAUUUCUCACUUUUCCAUCACUAAUAUUGUAUUUUAAGCCUCUAACUUUUAAAUUCCUGCUGAGUGGUAUUUUGUUUGUCAUAGAUGCCGACUCAGAGGGCUGGUCCACUGCCUUUGUGAAGAAAUGGUUACAAACAGACUUCAACCCCACCACUGUUGCUAAGACGAUCUUCCCUCCUGGAUACAGUGAACAAACUGAGUGUAGCACUGAAGAGACUGUUCCUGCUUCUACAUCCAUGGAUCGGGCUGUACAGCAGCCUCUGUAUUAUCUAGAGGAAGAGGAAGAGGAGAUCUACAUCGCAGAGCCAAUGCAGGAUAUUACCGAUGCGCCUCCCUCCAUCCAGGUACCUACUGAGGACCUGUGUGUAGAGCCUGGCCAACCAGCUACAUUUACUGCCAUCAUCACAGGAAGGCCUACCCCUAAAACACAGUGGUACAAGGAUGGAGAGGAACUCACAGCCAAUGAGAAUGUGGAAAUAGUACAGCAUGGUGCCCGCUGCUCAGUGACCAUAGUGUGCCCCGAGGGUGAAGACAGUGGCAUAUACACCUGCUUCUCCUACAAUGACUCUGGGCGUGCCUCAUGCCAGGCUCAGCUCACAGUGGAGGAAGGUCCACUGGAGUCUCAGGAGAGAGAGGUGGAACUGGGGAAGAGAAGGAAGCUAUUCUCUGUCUAUGAUGUCCAUGAGGAAAUUGGAAGGGGAACAUUUGGGGUAGUAAAGCGUGUAAUCCACAGAAGGACAGGUGAAGUCUUUGCUGCCAAGUUCCUGCCUCUGCGGAGCAGCACUCGGACCAGGUCCUUCCAGGAGAGGGACUUGCUCUCCCGUCUGGCUCAUCCCAGAGUGGCCUGUCUGCUGGAUUUCUUUUGCACCAGACGCACGCUGGUGCUAAUCACAGAAAUCUGUUGUUCUCAUGGACUUGUGGAUCAUCUUUUACUGAGAGGAUCAGUCUCAGAGAGAGAGGUUCAAUCAUACAUCCAGCAAAUCCUUGAGGGAGUUGGUCACAUUCACAGCUUGAACAUUUUGCAUCUGGACAUUAAACCUGAGAAUAUCCUAAUGGUGUACCCACCGAGAGAUGAGAUCAAGAUAUGUGACUUUGGCUUCUGCCAGGAAAUAGACACAUCCAGGCACCAAUACAGCAUGUUUGGUACACCAGAGUUUGUUGCACCUGAGAUUAUUCACCAAGAACCAGUUACUGUGGCCACAGAUAUUUGGUCUGUGGGUGUUAUAACCUAUCUAUGUCUGGUGUGCCGAUGCCCUUUUGUGGGUGAGACGGAUCGUGCUACACUGCUGAGGGUAGGCGAAGGGACACUGAACUGGGAUGCCCCUGAUGUCAUGUACAGGAGCCCCGAGGCCCAGGACUUUCUCCACAUGCUCCUUCAACCAGAUCCAGAGAAGCGUCCAUCUGCCUUUGAGUGCUUGAGCCACGAAUGGUUCCAGGAUGAACAUGCAGGCGAAGAUACUGAUGAAAUCAAUACAAAGAGUUUGAAAGCCUUCAUCCAAAAAAGGAAAUGGCAGCGUUCUUUGACUUGUGUUGGUUCAGUGCUCACAUUGAGGCCCAUCCCUGAGCUGCUGGAUGCUCCUCUCAGAGAGACUGCAGUGACUUUGCCCCGUGAGCCCCAGGAACACAGCAGCACCUCUGUGAGCAGUGGCUCAUCGUCUGAGUAUGAUGAGGCUGACUCUUGGGACUUUUUCCAGCACUGCAGCCAAACUGAGGAGGAGGAAGAAACAGAGGAGGACAUUGACCCUCUGAUGGAGAGAGCACAGAUCCCUGAGCCUUUUGCCAAACUCAACCUAGAUGGAGAGGAGGAAGACGACGUGACAUUAGGGGAGGAAGAGGAUGGGGAGAUGCUAGGAAGGAGGAGUGUACUAGAGCGGAGUAUAAGUAGGCAGUCAGUUGCAUCAUCAGAGGUGUCGUACCAACACACACCUCAGAGGGAGCGUAGGUUCAGCAAGGACAGUAGUCCAUCCCUCUAUCUGUCUGACGGAGAUGAGGGUUCAGGGAGUGAUGGAGGUCGAAUCCCUCGGGGCAGCGUCAUCCGAAGCACUUUCUAUAGCACCUCCCAUCAGCUUUCCCCCAUGUCUGCCAGACACAUGACAUUACGGGACAAAUUCCAGGCCAAAAAGCAGGAAAGAGGUCGCAAGCCACUCCGGAGAAGCUUGUCAGGACGCCUAAAUGAACCUCUUAUUGAAUACGUGGAGGAUGAGACAGAGACCAACCGUGGCCAGAGACGGGCAUCUAUCCAGCCCACAAUACAGAAGUCCUGUUCCUUUGACAGUGGAGUCGGCCUCGCCCACACCAUGAUAUCACCUCAGAGGAGGAGCAGGUCUCUUGAUGAGUAUUCUCGACGAUCUCCCAGCUCACCCAAGCACACAAAGCCAGGUGAUGAAGAAGGCACUCAAAGUCUGAAGGAAGAUUUCACAGAUGAUGAAGUGGGUGGGAAAAACUUGUUGGCCAUUCCAGUCCCUCGGCGACCCGCAAGAAGAAGGGGCUCUGUCGCACCCAUACAAGGAACUCGCACACUUGGUGGUACUUCUGGUCCCUUAAGCCUCUUUGCUGGAGACAGACGGAGCCUAAGGCUGGAUCAGGAGCAGACAGAAGGAGACACUUUUGCUGGCUCCCAGGGUUCCCUGACUGAGUCGUCUAUUCAGGAGCAUGGUGGCUCAGAGUCCUCAAGUAGACUUGGCUCUUAUGAGGAGCUGAGUCAUGGUCAUCUGAGAGAAAGAUACAGAUCAGGAGGGAGUGAAGGGUAUGACGAUCAGGGGGCGCCUCUGACUUCACCAUCAACUCGCUCCUCAUUCCAAGAAGUUAAACCCAGAAGCUCAUUUCCCCAGGCACCACCGAGGAACCGCACACGCUCCAACCCCAACUUACCUGCAAACAGCAGAGGUUUCGUGGAUAUAUCACUAACACCCAGUCCUAGUCCCAGCCUUUCGUCUCUCCAGGCUCCAGAGAGGCCUCCCAGGGCCAAAGACAAGAAGGAAGGCCAGGGCCUCCAGAGGCAUGCAUCUGCUCCUGCCCUUGAAGUCCAGCUACCUACAGGAAAAUCACCCAAGCUGGGACUGCUGAAGAUCUUCCGCAGGCAGUCCUGGACUGGCCAUUCCUACGCACAACUGGAGAACACUGAGUUAGGACCUACGCUAGGAGAGAUAAUGAAGCCAGAUACUCCCACCAUGUCUCUGAGGAAGAAAAUGAGAGCUUCAGCCUCCAGCCUGACCAAGCUGUUUUCAAGGUCUUCCAGUAAGGAGGAUGUGAGUAAAGGAGGGCCAAUAGUAAAAGGAUCAGCUCCCACCCCACCUGAAAGGAGGCGUGGCAAACUCUUGCCUUCUUUAAAAAUACCAUCAUUCAAAAAGACAAAAGAUGUGCCAGUCCGUCCCAACAAGCCUGAUGUACUCCAGUUAGACGGAGGUGGAGUCCUGCUGGUGUGGAGGCCAGUCCAGUCUAGUGACCCUGUCACCUAUUGUGUGCAAUACUGUACAGAUGGUGGGGAGUGGACGGUCCUGUCAGAGGAGGUGACAGAUAGCUGCUAUGUGGUGAAGGACUUACCCAGAGGAGCUUCUUAUGUGUUCAGGGUGGGCUGUGUCACCAAGAAAGGAGCAGGACCUUUUAGUGAUACUUCGUCACCUGUUGUCAUGGCCACUCACCCUGAAGAGACUCACAUUCCUCUCAUCCAGACUGAGUCCCUGGGGUCAAAGGUCGUUCGGUCAGAACAACAGACAACACAGAAGAACUACAACUUCCUCUCUGAGAUCAACAGGGGUCGUUUCAGCGUAGUAACCCUGUGUAGGGAUGCUGAGACCAGCCAAGUGUUUGCUGCCAAGAUCACCCCUUACCAAGCAGAGCAGAGACAGUUGGUGCUGAGGGAAUACCAGCUGUUGAAAAAGCUUCAUCACACCCACCUGGUCCAGCUGCACACUGCCUACAUCACCUCCUGCUACCUGGUGUUAGUGGAGGAACUCUGCCCUGGCAAAGAGCUGCUCUACAGUCUGGCUGGAAGAGAUCUCUAUUCAGAGGCUCAGGUCGCAGAGCUGCUGGUUCAGAUUCUGAGCGCAGUUGACUACCUUCACAGCCGUCGAGUCAUCCACCUGGACCUGAAGUCUGACAACAUGCUGGUGGACGAUGGUAACCACCUGAAGAUCGUAGACUUUGGCUCGGCUCAGUUCUUCACACCCGGUCAGCCUCUCAUCAUAGAGCACAUCCAGGGCCUGUCAGAGUGCAAAGACCGCAGCAAAGUUUAUAUUGUCCUUCCUAAAGCUCCGGAAAUCCUAGAGGGUCAGGGUGUCGGGCCUGAGACUGAUAUUUGGGCUAUUGGAGUUCUGUCAUUCAUCAUGUUGAGUGCCGACAGCCCAUUUCAAGCAGAACACAGCGGGGAGCAAGACAAAAACAUCAAGAAAGGGAAGAUCCAGUUUGGACACUGUUACCCUGGUCUGUCAGAGGGAGCCUUAAACUUCAUGAAGAGCAGCCUGAAUAACAAAUCCUGGGGGAGGCCCACUGCAGCUGAGUGUCUCCAGAACCCCUGGCUACGCGCCCAUCGUGCCCCACACAAAGCACGAUGCUCCAAGGUGUGCUUCUCCACAGACAAGCUUAAAGCUUACCUUGAACAGAAGGAGGAGAAACGAGACCAGGUCCGCACCAAGCUUAAGGGUCCGUUCUUCCAGUAAGACAACAACGACAAAAAAGUAUUAUUUUCUUUUACUGGCAGUUUUUCCUAAAAAUUAUGCAGCCUUAGAACUAGCACAUUUCAUUUUAGCUGAAUGUUUCCUGUGUGGCUCAUUUCUGGCGCGCUGGAGCCAAAUCAGAUAUCAAUCAUUGUAGCGUCCUCUGAUUAUGAAAAUGUGAUGCGUCUUAAUGAUUUUUCAAAGUGUACUCAUCCAUUAGACUGUAUAUGUGAGUGUGCUGCAUUUGUUUUGCUUUGGUUUAUAUUGAAACAUAUCAGGGAUAAGGUUUAGUCUAUGCAAAGAGUGCACACUGUUGAAGGAGUUUUUGACUUGGUGACAUGAGAAUCUGUUGUUUUGAUCCUUUGCUACAGUAUCAGACAGAUGCACAUGUUUGGCUUUAUGCUGUUUAUGAUAAAUGAAAAAAUGUUUUCUGUGCUAUUCUUCAAACAUAACGCAGAUAUAUUUUUGAGUGAUAUACAGUGUUUUAUUUAAAGAUUUACAUGUUCUGCCUUCAAUGUAUAAAUGGGAAAUGAAUUAAAUUUACAGGUUUUAUCGGAUGCUUCGAAGUUUCAUGAUGCUUAUAUUUUGGGUCAACCACCCACCUGAAUGAGUUAGUGAGUGAAAGGUGAAUUAAAUGGCACAAAAGUGA